AUGAGCCCAACCAACGGCCUCGCUUAUAGCAAUGUCCUUACCAUCGUCUUUGGCAUUAUCGCCAUCACUACGUCAGCGAUAACCCUCUGGCAGAACCAUAGAUCCUAUCGACAGUCAGUGGCAAAUGCCCCACAAGAGGAACAUCGAUGUGGUCAGACCAAACGCCAGAGUGUAGGUGCAGUGAUGUCGACAGCGGGGUGGGCAGAACGCACAACUCCUAACAUCUGUACUCCAACACCUAUGUUCAUGAGAUUGGUAUGGCCAAAGGAUUUGGAUUGA